AUGCUAGGAGGUAAAGCCAAGAUUGUAGGAGAUGUGAGUGAACCGAAUGAAAGAGCAUGGAAACCCGACGUCAAGCUUGUCCGAGUCGUCAUCGCGUUUGCAAUGGAGACGGGACGGUCGCCUCCUGAACUAGGGGGCUACAUCCGAUCUAAGGUCAUUAAAAGCCUGAAGAAUAAAUAA